UUGCUUGCUCACUGUUCUGCUUCUCUAGCCUGGCGCUCUCCUCGCGGUUUUCUCCCUCCCCUCAAGUUCGAUGUGUUCUGCACUCCGAUCUCAGUGCGGGAGACGGCAUAGCUAAACAUGGCGUCGGACGGAAUGAUUUUAACAAACCACGACCACCAAAUUCGAGUCGGAAUCCUUACGGUGAGUGACAGCUGCUUCAGGAACCUAGCUGAAGACCGCAGUGGCAUCAACCUCAAAGACCUUGUCCAUGAUCCCUCUCUGCUCGGAGGAAUAAUCUCUGCAUACAAAAUAGUCCCUGAUGAAAUAGAUGAGAUCAAGGAAACCCUGGUGGACUGGUGCGAUGAAAAGGAGCUCAACCUCAUCUUGACCACCGGAGGGACUGGCUUUGCCCCACGUGAUGUCACCCCCGAGGCCACCAGAGAGGUCAUUGAGAGAGAGGCUCCAGGAAUGGCCUUGGCUAUGCUCAUGGGAUCUCUCAAUGUCACACCACUGGGCAUGCUGUCCCGGCCGGUCUGUGGCAUCAGAGGCAAAACCUUAAUCAUUAAUCUGCCUGGAAGCAAGAAAGGGUCACAGGAGUGUUUUCAGUUCAUUCUGCCGGCGCUGCCGCACGCCAUCGACCUGCUGCGGGACGCGGUGGUGCGGGUGAAGGAGGUGCACGACGCGCUGGAGGACCUGCCCUCGCCACCGCCACCACUCUCCCCACUGCCCGCGCCCGGCUUGGGCAGUCCGCCCCGGCAGACCGAGGACAAGGGCGUCCAGUGCGAGGAGGAGGACGAGGAGAAGAAGGACAGCGGCGUGCCGUCCACCGAGAACAGCGCCUCCUCGCACAUCACUGCCGCCGCCAUUGCCGCCAAGAGCAUGAAGUCUUACCCCAAUCACGCUUUUGUCAUGGCAAAGGGUGGCCAGUACACGCUCGGCCUCCUCCCCCCUCCCCCCAAACAUUUCACCUGUUCCUGUGGCGACCAGCCGAUCCCGGACUCCAUCAUCUCUCGAGGUGUCCAGGUGUUGCCACGGGAUACGGCCUCCCUGAGCACGACGCCAUCCGAGUCUCCCCGCGCGCAGCCGUCCCGCUUCUCCACCGCCUCCUGCCCCACCCCCAAGGCACGGCUUCCCUCCAGCUCAUCCACCUGUAGUAUGUCUGAGGCCUCUCGGAGAGAGUUCAGGGCACACAUGGAUGAGGUCAUCACGCUCAAGUCAAGGUACUCUACCUUGGACCAGCUCCACUCUAGGUUGGCGGGCCUCCGAGAUGAUCGGCGGGGCCAUAGGACCUACGACUCGCGAGUGCAAUCUCGCUGUAGCAGCAAAGAGAACAUAUUGCGAUCCAGUCACAGUGCGGUGGACAUCACCAAGGUGGCGCGCCGACACCGCAUGUCCCCCUUCCCGCUCACUUCCAUGGACAAGGCCUUCAUCACGGUGCUUGAGAUGACCCCUGUGCUUGGCACUGAGAUCAUCAAUUACAGAGGGCCUGAAGUCUCAGACUCGGCCCCCGUUACUCUGCGUAAGCCUCCGGGGCCCGAUGCGUGGCCCCUGCCCGGACUGGCCUGCCCGCAAGGGAGAAAGUCUAACAGGAGAGGCGCCGACGCUGGCACCCUGUCCCCCUGGCAUCAGACAGAUGGCAUGGGCCGCGUCCUGGCUCAGGACGUAUAUGCCAAAGACAACCUGCCCCCGUUCCCCGCCUCGGUCAAAGAUGGCUACGCUGUCAGAGCUGCUGAUGGCCCAGGGGAUCGCUUCAUCAUCGGGGAGUCCCAGGCUGGAGAGCAGCCUACACACACAGUCAUGCCAGGGCAGGUGAUGCGUGUGACGACGGGAGCUCCGAUCCCUUGUGGAGCCGAUGCUGUGGUGCAGGUGGAGGACACAGAGUUACUGCGUGAAUCCGAGGAUGGCACAGAGGAGCUGGAAGUGCGAAUUCUGGUGCAGGCACGACCUGGACAGGACAUCAGGCCCAUUGGUCACGAUAUCAAACGUGGGGAGUGUGUUCUGGCUAAGGGCACCCACAUGGGCCCCUCUGAGAUCGGCCUGCUGGCCACGGUGGGCGUCACCGAGGUGGAGGUACAGAAGUUCCCCGUUGUGGCCGUCAUGUCCACAGGCAACGAGCUGUUGAACCCAGAGGAUGACCUACACCCUGGGAAAAUCAGGGACAGCAACCGCUCCACCCUACUCGCCACCAUCCAGGAGCACGGCUACCCCACCAUCAACUUGGGCAUCGUUGGAGACAAUCCAGAUGAUUUGCUCAACGCCCUGAAUGAAGGAAUCAGCCGUGCUGACGUUAUCAUCACCUCAGGUGGCGUGUCCAUGGGCGAAAAGGACUACCUGAAACAGGUGCUGGACAUCGACUUACAUGCCCAGAUUCAUUUUGGACGAGUAUUCAUGAAACCUGGUCUUCCUACUACGUUUGCCACUCUUGACAUCAAUGGGCACCGAAAGCUGAUAUUUGCCCUGCCAGGCAAUCCAGUGUCAGCAGUUGUUACCUGUAAUCUCUUUGUCAUCCCUGCUCUAAGGAAGAUGCAAGGAAUCCUGGACCCCCGACCAACCAUUAUCAAAGCUCGGUUAUCGUGUGAUGUUAAGUUAGACCCACGGCCCGAGUACCACCGCUGCAUACUUACAUGGCACCAUCAGGAGCCGUUACCAUGGGCACAGAGCACAGGGAAUCAAAUGAGCAGCCGGUUAAUGAGUAUGCGUAGUGCCAAUGGUCUGCUAAUGUUGCCGCCUAAAACCGAGCAAUACGUGGAGCUGCACAAAGGAGAGGUGGUGGACGUCAUGGUGAUUGGACGGCUAUGAUGUUGUCCCCAGGGUGCGGACAGCGAGACAGAGGGACGACGAGAGCAAGCGAAAGUGGAAGUGGUGCAUGUCCACAUAUCAUUACUAUUCUGUAAUAUGCAAUGGCACAGCAAGUUUGUACUGAUUUGACCAACUAAUUUGUUGAUUGAGGGUAAUCGACAACUCACUGAAGCAAACAAAUGGUUUAUGGAAAUGUUAAUUAGAAAAGAAAAUCCUUAUUAUUUCAAAGAAAGAAAUUAAAAUAUUAUACCUUUUAAAAUAAGACUAUAUAUAUAUAUAUAUAUAUAUAUAUAUAUAUAUAAUAUAUAAGAUUUAUUCUGUAAUAUAUUAUUAUGAUUAUUAUUAUGAAUAUCAUCAUCAUCAUUCUAUUAAGCAACUCUGUUCUCUUUCAUCGCAAUUGCUUUGUGUGUUCAACGCUAGCCCUUAUAGAUAGCAGUAGCAUUUUAGUAGAAAGCUGUAGACUCCUGACGAGUUCAUUGAAACGCUUAUUUCCAGACCUUGGAGGAAGGACAAAAGUGGGGGUCAUUUUUGAAA